AAACUUAUUAAAUAGUUUCAGGUUUUAAUGAUAAUUUUGUGCAAGAUCUGACUGAAAACGCAGAUUGGCUUCGCAAUGGAGGACGACAGCUUCGCCUUCUUUAUUUUCUCGGGAUUUGUUGCUGCAUCGACAGUAGUGACAUGGGCUAUAGUCACUUACAUAUCGCGUGAGCGAAACUACAAGGACGUUGCCAAACAAUUGCCACAAGAUGAUCACUCCUGGAUGGAAAGUGAUUCGCCUCAAGCAAGUCCUGUAAAGAGCAAGACAAAGAAAAGUGCGAAAAAUGCUGCAAAACAGGCCCAAAAAUCAAAAGUAGAGGUUGUACAGGAAGAGGCCCCAAGUUACAUAAACGAGGGACUGAUUGAGGAAAAUGUCACGAUACAAUCAUUCAAACCUCCCACUGAAGUUAAACAAAAAACUCCUAAAAAGAAAAAGGAGACCAGCAAAAGCAGUGCAGCCGUCAGCAAAGUUGUAGAAAACGUGCAGCCCAAGAUCAGUGCCGACGUGAGGCUGUUUGCACAGCCGGAGGAAGAAUUGUCGGAAGGUGAGUGGCAAGCCGUUCCUACUAAGGUUAGCAAAAGCACGAGUGGUCCGAAGUCAAAGGAGCCGGAUAUGGUGUCUGUUGGAAUCGACAGUAAAACUGAAGGGCGUGGUCAGAAGACUGGGAUACCUGGCAAACAAACCCAAGCUACCGAGAAAAAGCUGGCACCUGUUGAAACUAUCGCCGCGAAGAGCGAUAGAAAUCUGAGUAAGUUUCACGAAGCGCCUCGGGUACAGGUCUCACACCAAAGUAAUCUGCCGCACGGUGAAGGUUCUCCCCAAAGUGAAAAUCUCGAACAUUCCGACUCGACUGAAGAGUUUACGGAAUCGCAUUCAAACGUCAUGCUGACUGCUGAGAACCCGAGGUCAUUUAAAAAUCAACCCAAGCCCAUUCCAGUGAAAAUCAAUAACGCCGCAGCUAAGCAAGUUUCUAGCCGAGUUUCCGCGAGUUCCAGGAAACCUGAACCGCUUCCAGGUAGUUCCGCCACGGUUACGUCGCGCGUGAAGCGAAAUAGCGAGAGGAGUAACGCCAGUGUGGGAUCCAAGGCGUCAAAGAAGGAAAAUGCUUCUACUGAUGUCCCGGCUGAGGUUCAGAAGCUAGAAGAUGAGCUGAAACACGAACGCAACCACAGCCAAGACCUAAUCAGCAAAUAUCUUCUCCUGAAUGAGCAGCUUGAAAAGGAAAAGCAGAUGAUAGGAUCCAUAAACGAGGAACUGCAAAGGAAAAUCCAAGAGUGUGCGUCACUGAGAUCUCAGUUGAGCGUGGCUGCAAGUGCACAAAUAGUAGCAGUUCCAGAUGAAAGCCAGCUGGUGAUUGAGAUGAAGAAGAAAGAUCACCAGUAUGGAGUUUUGCACCACGAAAAGAUGUUUCUACAGACGGAGCUGGAGAAAGCCAGAUCGAGCUCGAACGAUGUGCGUCGUGAGCACCAGAUGAAACUGCAGGCGGCAGAAAGUCAGUUGAAGAAGAUCGAGAGUCGCAACAACGAGUUGCAGGAUCAGUGCAAUAAAUACGAGACCCAACUCAAGUCCGCAGUCAACAACUCAAACAACCAGGCUAACUUUGAAGAGAAGGAGAAUCGUCUCUUGUACCAGAUAAGCGGACUGGAUGAAAAGGUCAAGGCCAUGGCCAGGGAAAACGACGUGUUGCGACAGAACCACGAAGGAACCUACGCCGAGAUGUCGAGACUACAGGACUCCAAAAUAGCUUUACGCAAAGAGAACGACUCCCUCCGAGAAGAAGUGGAAAAUCUGCAGCAAACAGUGCUGUCCAUCUCCCAGCAGCAACAACAGAAUGGACUGGAUUCAAGCCACCCGCACCAGAACGGAAGCUUAUCAUCAUCCACAUCCACUCCCGACGCCUCUAACGGAGAAGCCAUGUCUGCCGGCCAUUCCCCUGGUGCAGCAUAUGACUGGUCACAGGCAAACUCAGACAUGAAACAGUUGACCCAACUGCAAGCAUCCAUUUCCUCACUAAGCGAAGAAAACUCGACUCUGAGAAAAGAAAACGAGGAGCUGAAAAAGCAAGUACAUUCCAUGAAUAUUGACCCUAAUGGCAGUAGUAGUCCAGUUGGACAUAAUGGAUUCUCAGUGGACUCAGACCCAGACAGCAGUGGAGAUACUCUUGCCAAUGGUAGUUCGAUUCGCGGCAAGGCGGAAAUAAGGGCAACAAUAGGAGCAGAUAGCAUAUCACCGAGUGAAGUGGGUACUCGACUCAAAGACACCCUGAUGCGACUGUACCCAGAAGAGUAUGCCAGCAAGCAGCCCAUUGCAUUCCAGUCAAAUGACUGGGUGACACUGGUGGCGCUUCUGGAGACCCAGGCGACUGCGAGAGUGGAGGCACUGCAGCAGAAGGAGAAUGGACUGGAGGAGGAGGUGGAGGUGCUGAAGAGAGAUCUCUACCAGCUGAGUUCGGAGAAGGAGGAUUUGCAGAGCAGGAGCACCAAGUAUCAGACUGCACUCGCUGCCACAGAGGCCUCGGUGACAAAGCUGGACCUGGCUCUGACGACAAUGGAGACGGAGUACAAGGAGAAGCUGAGAUGUCUGUCAGAGGAAAAUGAGUUGCUCAGACAUGACACGGACAAAGUUGUCGACCUACAGAUGGAGCUGGACCAGCUCCAAAUAGAAAAUGCCAAAAUGAAGCAACAUCAGGGUGAGCUGGAGCAGAAAGUCACUGCACUUAACCAUGACCUCCAAUCUCAGAACUGCUCGUCCGACGAACAAGUGAACAAACUGAAGGAAGAGAAAGAUUCUCUGAUGGCUUCGCAAGAAGAGGUUAAGAAGAAGUUGGAGGCGGAAAACGAAACAUUAUUGAAUGAGAAGAACAAGUUGCAAAGCGAACUGAGUUCGAAAUGUGGAACUUCAGAGGAGCAAAUUCAAAAUCUGAAAACAGACUACGAAAACGUUCGGGCUAAUCAGCAAAGUGCACACGAAAAGAUCAUUUCAGAUCUAAAUGCGAAAUUCGACAGCGAUAAUACGAACUUGCAGAAUCAAAUCAAAGAGAAAAAUGCAAUUAUUGAUAAUUUAAAUGGUGAAAAAGCAAAUCUUAUUAACCAAAUAAAUGAGAAAAAUGGUAUAAUCGAUCACCUAAAUAACGAAGUUGGAAAUAUUAAUCACCAAAUUAAUGAGAAAAAUGGCAUUAUUGACCAUCUUAAUAGUGAGGUUGCAAAUUUGAAAAGUCAAAUCGAUGAAAAGAACGGAAUAUUAGAUAAUCUCAACAACGAAAGUGGAAGUGUUAAAAACCAAGUUAACGAGAAAAAUGGAAUCAUCGACCAUCUUAACGGGGAAUUGACAAGUUUGAAUAAUCAAGUCAACGAAAAAAAUGGAGCUAUAGAUCAUCUCAACGGAGAAAUAGGUAAUAUCAGAAACGAAAUUAAUGAUAAAAAUGGAAUAAUUGAUCAUCUUAAUGGAGAGGUUUCGAACCUCAAAAAUGAAAUCAACGAAAAGAACCGAAUUAUUGACGACUUAAAUGGGGAAGUUGGAAAUUUGAAACAUCAGAUGGGCGAAAAAGAUGGAGAAUUGCAUCGAACUAAAGAUAGUGAAAAUAAUCUCAAAAAUCAAACAGAAGAAGCAAAUCGCAGAAUUUCAGAGCUGGAAAGCCAAAUUAAUGGCUCAAAUAACGAAACUGGUGCUAAAUCAGAAGAAAUUGCAAAGUUGCAACAAGCAAAUGAGGAGCUACAAAACAGAGCCAAAACCCUGGAAGUUGAAAAAUCUGACCUCGAGCAACAGUUGCAAAAGCUGAGUGGACAAAUAUCAGAAAAAGAGACACAUAUUAAUACCCUAAAUGGCGAAAAAGAUGCGCUUCAGAAAUCUCUCGAAAACCAAAAAGCUGAACUGGAAAAGGUCAUAAACGAUUCUAAACAGUUAACAAGUAAAAUUCAGCAAACUGAGUAUCUGUUGCAAGUUGAAAGUCUCAACUCGGCCUCUGAAAAAGCUCGAUUAUCGUCCGAAAGUAGCGAGACGAUUCAAAAGCUCUACGAGGAGCAUGAGUCGACGGAAAAGAAAUUGGCAGAACUUCAGCAACAGAUGACCGAAAGUAGCAAUAAUCUUCAAGCCGAAAAGAAAACGCUGGAAGAGAACAUCUCCCAGCUGAAGUCCGAAGCAGCUGGUCUGCAACAGAAACUGGAUGCAAGUGCGCUCUCAUUGGCUGAGACGACUAGCCAAUUGGAUGCGACCAAGGAAGAGCUGGCAAAGGCGAGGGAACAGGGGGCGAAUACUUCGUUGACGAGCGACAAACUCGACACCCAAUCAGUGACCUCAUCCUCAUCUGGAAAAGAGCACAAAGACAAGGAAAAGAAAAAGGGACUCGGGUCAUUCCUGAAGAAGAGUAAAAACAAGGACGAGAGCUGACAAUAGUGUCAAGAAAGUUAGCCAUUACACGACACAUACUUUGUCCAUAGCGCUCAUGCCAUUUACAAUGCAAAUGCCAUCUCACAACUGGAGCACGAAUCAUUGCUCUCAAAUAACCCGAAACUGUUCACAGGAGAAAAUCAAAAGACGUCCACAAACAAAUCAGACCACUGGAAAUUGGAAAGAGAUAAAAACUAGGAUUUGAGAGCUUUACAGCAGUUCAGAAAAGUGUUUUUAUGUAAUAAUUUCCACUACCUCUGCCAUAUGUCACUAUAGACUGAUAUCAUUGGGUGAGGUUGCAUUUUACAUUGAUGAAUGGACAGAGCUAAAAUUAGGAUCUGUUGUUAUUUAAAGUAUUUAUUGACUUCCUGUCCAACAGUUAGUUAGACAGGAUAGCUAGUGUGUUUGAAUCAUCAUGAGGUCGACCAGGUAUUUAAGGGCAAUACCACUCGUUGUUGGGUAAAAAUUUGCUUUUUCAAUGGUCGAUCUCGAAUGUUCAUGCUAUCAAACCUCUAUUUACUACAUACCAAACCGGUUUCUGUUUAUAUUUGAUACACACCCACCAUCUUAAGUAUAGAUAUUUCGUUGAUGAAUAUUGUGCCUUCAUUUUCCAACCGGUGCUUUGCCUUUUUUUGACAAAUUUGAGUUGAAGUUAAACAGGAAGCAAACUUUUUGAUUGGGGAGAAAGUUAGACGACACGCAAAUUAGACAAUCAGAAAGUAACGGAACUUAGACGAUUACUUGCAUGCAAAUGGCGUGAAAUUUGUUUAUAGACUUAAAUUAACUUUUGACUGAGUAAAUAAUGUUUGUCCAACAGCAAAUCAGGUUA